CCUCAUUUUCGCGUUCAUUGGUUUGGGGAACGGUAACGAAUUUUAGCAGCAGCAAAAUGACUAGAUUCCAUUUCUCAAACCGUUUGGUGAAGAAGUUUAAGAAGUCGGGUAAAAAGGGAGGUAUUGGCAGCCCUGUCAAUACUCCGUCCAAUACCGCUGAUGUCGGUGUAAUGGAGGAAGUAAUGUCCAACUUAGUUCUGAAAAAGGCUGAGUCCGAGACCAAGAACUCGUGUAGCAGUACAAGCAGCUGUAGCAGUUUUGACGUCGCUAGUGACAUCACACAAAACAGUGUGGAGAGAAUAUUUCAGGAAGUAGAUGGUCAUCUCAGCGUGACAGAGACUCAGAAGUACACUGAUGCCGUGCAUUACCUCAGUGAGUCACAGCUGAACAAAAAAUUAGCGGAGGAGCUGGACCAAUUACAGCAACUACUGGAGGAUGAAAAGAAAGGGGAAAUUCACACCGACGUCAAAAACGUGGACCCCGUGGCUGAGAUUCCCUGGGAACAGACGCACAAACGCGUCCUUACCAUGACAGUGGAAACGCACAAGCAUAAGCAUGAAAAUGGUGAGCAUCACCAUCAUAACCAUGAUCCAGUUCCCGUUAAUAACCAGGUCCCCAGUAACAUGGCAACCACUCUCCCCAACCGAAAAGUCCCUCUCCAUAAAGAGUUUGCCUGCACUAAUCUCGCAUGUACCGAUCCUCACUGCUCUGACGUCAUGUGUGGAACCAAAGUCACCGAGAUUAAGAGUCAUAACUCCGAUCCCGAUCUGUAUACUUCCAAGUAUGCUCUGGAUACAGCCGUGGCACACACUGACAAGACAGUGAAAAAAGAAUCUGAACUUACUUCCCAUGAAAACGAGCACUAUUACGGCAAGCCGAUUUUAUUUGUCAUGGACUCGAGGAACAAAUUCCAUCCCCUGACCCGAGAGAAGGACGCCCACAAGGUCGUUGAUAUUUCUAAGGGAUACCAUCCCACUAAGGCUCAGGAAUACGUCGUCAAUGCGCUUCAGGAGAGCGAGGAUGCCCUUACCGCGGCCCAUGAUAUCUGGACAGGCAAAUUCAUCCGCAAUUGUCAGGAGGAGAAUCUUAUGACCGAUGUUAACAUCUCCAUCGGUGACGAACUCUUUACAGCACACAGGAUAAUGCUGGCGCAAUUCAGUACUUAUUUCCAAGAACUGUUUUGCAUCUCAGAGCGUGAUGGUGCCUUGCCUUUCAACUUGCGGUUAAGAGGAAUCUCAGCGGAUGCAUUUGAAGCUUUCUUGCACCUUGUGUACAUGGGAGACUGCGAGAUUACACCCGAUAUUGUCAUGGACGUUUCCAUGAUUGCCAAACGUUUCGGGGUCAAAGAGCUUCGACAAAAAGUAGAUGAUUAUUUGAACACCAUGAGCACUGAAAAUUGCCUAGAGAUUCUUAAACAGGGUAUCGUAUCUCAAGGUGACACGAUGUACGAAACUGCCUUUAAAACUGUGGUAAGAUGCUUCAAAGAGGCUGCAAAGAAUGUCAAUUUCAUGGAACUCCGUCUGGACACAGUAGCAAAGAUCCUCUCGUCAGAUAACCUAAGUGUGCAGAACGAGACAGAAGUGUUUAACGCUGCAUACAAGUGGGUCAAAUAUGACCUCCGCAAGAGAGAACAGUAUCUGCCACGGGUCAUGGAGUGUGUUCGAUUCGCUCUCAUGGACCACCACGAGCUGUUCCUCAUCUUCAGUGACACCGAUCUCCUUCAGAAAAAUGCUUACUGCAGAGAUAUGCUGUUGAAAGCUAACUGGAUUGUGACGUCCCGUAUGUUGCACAUUGUGGAUCCAUUUGAGCUUCCGUAUCCUAAGAAGAGGGAACCAAUCAGCCUCGAUAAGAGUCCUGAACUUCAAAUCAUGAAUGGAAUGGCCAAGGAAACGAAAAAAUCAGAAGGAAUCAAAUUGGAACCUGGGGACCUCCUGGCUUUCGGUGGAUUCUUCUCGGGAUCGGAUAAAACUAGGGCAAUUGAAGGAGGCAAGAGUGUGAUGUGGUACAACGUUGCCAGUCGUACUUGGACAAAAUUAACAGAACUAUCGGAACCUCGGAUCCACCAUGCUGCUUGUGUCCUCAAUGGAAAGAUUUACAUUACAGGCGGAAGCAACCCAAGACUCCAGAUACAAAACCCGCGAGCUCUUUCUCAGUGCGUCUGCUUUGAUCCUUACACCAUGAAGUGGUCCACCAUUGCACCACUGAGGACCGCUAGACUCAUGCACAGUAUGGUGGCCUUAAAUGGCCGUCUAUAUGUGAUAGGGGGUCAGGACAUUAAUGAUAGAUUGCUAAAUACUGUGGAAUGCUACAAUCCUGAGACGGAUAGGUGGGUGUGGAUGCCCUCCAUUCAGGUCCCGCGCCUCGCCGCAGCCGCAGCUGUUAGUAACGGAAAGAUCUAUCUAGCCGGCGGAUACACCGCAGAUAUCAAGACGAAAUCAGGCUCCCCUAUAUCUUCUGUGCUAGAGUGCUUCGAUUCUAAAACGAGCAAGUGGACCCGAUUAGGUGAUAUUCGUGUUCCGCGGUGUCACGCCGCAUUGGUAGAAGUUCGCGGUGAGCUUUUCUUGUGUGGUGGCGCCACUAGGACUCAUGGUACCGAUUUCACCACUGCUGCAAGUCUCAGAGAUAUUGAUAAGUAUAACAAAGAAUAUGAUAUGUGGGAGAAAGUGGCGGAUCUAGAUACUGAGAGGCAUGCGUGCGGUGGGACUGCUGUAGGAAACAAGAUUUAUAUAUGUGGCGGAGCUUGUACAGCCUUAGGUCACAUGCUAUAUUCUAUGGAGGUGUAUGAUACUGUCGCCGGGAAAUGGGACAGAUCCGCGCCCGACUGUCCGCUCCCAGGAAGAUUUCUUUCAUUAGUCUCGGUCCCACCCAAAGAUUAGAAAACGGAACUUAUACAUGUUAUAUUUUCACCCAUAAAAUUAAAUGCAUAUUUUAAAAAAAGAAUUAAGUUUUUCUCAGAGAAAAUUUUUCGUAUGGAAUAUUUGUAAAGCCGAAUGAUUGUACAUUAUAAGUAAAUAUAUCAUUGUAUAAAGACACUAUUUAUGAAACUUGUAGUUAUGGAUUUUAAAGCAAUAAAUGCAAGAUUGUAAAAACAA